AUGCAACAAUCAAUCACUGAACCUCCUGUAUAUCUUGGUUUUGCUCAAUCUCUUGCUAGUUCUGAACUUUUUCGCCUUCGAUCACAUUAUUUGCCAUUGGGGAAAAUUGGUGGCCUACCAUCAUGGCUCAACCCUGUUACAUUGCCCAAAAACGAGGAACUUGAAUGUGGUGUAUGUAAAAAGCCUCUAUGUUUUUUGAUGCAAGUUUACGCUACACGCGAUGAUGAUCCUCCACAUUCUUUUCAUCGAUACCUUUAUGUUUUCAUUUGCAGAAACCCUGCAUGCUCCCAGUUACAAGAUGCCUCAAAUAUUGCCGUUUUUCGCUGUGCCUUACCGCGUGAAAAUCCUUAUUACCUUACUGAUCGUAGUCUUGACCCUGAUCUUGAUGGUGACAUUGCUAAUCCAAUUCAAACAGAAACCCCAAAACUUUGUGAAAUUUGUGGCUGCUAUGCUAGUAAAAAGUGUGGCAAGUGCAUGAAAUCGUGUUGUGAGAAUGGUACUUCGCUCAGUAACGAUACUACUCAAAACAAGUUUUUGUUUCCUGAAAUGGGUAUAGAAAUGGACCAAGAAUUUGCUCCUCAAUCGUUGUUUGAGGAAUCACUUGAUUCCGAUGCUUCUGAUGGAGAUUCAGACGAUGGUGAAAUUGAACAAAAUCGUCGUAUUUCUGAAUUUAAAAAGUUUGUAGAACAACAUCAAGAGCAAGGUGAUAUUGCCAAUAACUGCGAAGAAUACGAGGAAAAGGCUGACAAGGAUUUGGACUUCAUUCGGUUUAAUCGUUUUGUUGAAUUGAAUCCUGGCCAAGUUCUUCGUUAUUUGAGAGGAGGAAAACCAUUAUUGACCACAAUUCGAGCACCUGCACUUCCUGACAUAAUUGACUGUGGUCAUUGUGGGGGUCCUCGUACAUUUGAAAUGCAACUGAUGCCGCAUCUGUUAUCCUUGCUCGGUGUUGAUUCCGUUGGACAAUCGAUUGAUUGGGCCUCUGUUUAUAUCUACACUUGUGCAAAUUCUUGCAUGGUACCUCACUCCGGCUACGCUAAAGAAUUUGUCGUCAAGCAAGAUUUCAUUGAU